AUGUACUUUUUACAUCGUUUUCAUAUAGCCUGGUUUCCGGAAAGUAUUGGUGUAUUGUGUAUUGGUGUGAUUGUUGGUGUUAUUGCCAAGUAUGCCAUUCCUUCGACAUGGAUUCAUCAUCAGGUAUUUACACAACUCGAUCCGGGAAUUUUCUUCUCACUCCUCUUACCUGCCAUUAUUUUCGAUGCUGGAUUUACUAUGGACAAGAGUGGAUUCUUUGGUAAUAUUGGAGGUAUUAUAUUGUAUGCAGUAUUUGGAACAUUUAUCAGCUCAGUCGUAGUUGGAUGUGGAUUAUAUAUUUUGGGAUAUUAUGGAUUGAGUUUACAAUUGACCUUGAUUGAAUGUAUGAUGUUUGGUUCUCUCAUUUCUGCUGUGGAUCCUGUGGCGACAUUGGCCAUUUUCUGUGCUUUGGGUGUUCCAACAACUCUGCACUAUUUGGUUUUUGGUGAAAGUAUUGUCAAUGAUGCUGUUGCUAUUGUACUGUACGAAACCUUUGAGAAAUUUAAAGAUGCAACCAAAGAUGACUUGUUGAUUGUAACUCUGAAAGGAGCUGCUCAAUUUUGUUAUGUUUCAAUUGGUUCUGUUCUUGUUGCAAUUAUAUUUGGUGUGAUUGCAGCAUUGAUUUUCAAAUAUGGAGCUCUUAGACACUCUCCAAAGUUGGAAAUGUCAAUUUUCUUUGUGCUUGCCUACUUUUCUUACCUGGUUUCAUUGCCAUACUUAUCUGGCAUUAUGACAAUAUUGAUUUCUGGUGUUUUAAUGUCACACUAUUCGGUUCCAAAUCUAUCAGAGCAAUCAUCCAAUGCUCUUCUAUCAACAUCAAACUCUUUGGCAAUGAUUUGUGAAACAUUUACAUUCCUCUACGUUGGAUUUGCCUUAUUUGCUUUUGAUAACAACAAGUGGCAUAUUCCAUUAAUUUGUUUCACUAUUUUAUUGUGUUUGUUGGGAAGAUUUUUGAAUAUUGUACCACUUAGUGGCAUAUUGAAUAUGUACAGAACUGGAAAGAUUAGUUUCAAAUUCCAAUUCGUCAUGUGGUUUGCUGGUCUGCGUGGAGCUAUUGCCUUUGCAUUAUCAAUGCAAUUAAAGAGUCAUGGUGGAAAUGGAGAGUAUAUAUUUACCACUACAUUGGCCACUGUUUUCUUCACCAUCUUGGUAUUGGGUGGUGGAACAUUCCCACUAUUGAAGGUGAUGAAAAUUAAGAAACCAGAAAUUGCUCCACCAACCAUAUUGGACAAACAAGAUCACUGGUUGGUCAAGUUGGAUAAAAAGUAUUUCCAAAAGUUUUUAAUCAGAAAGGAAGUUCUCGAAAAGAUGAAUGAGGAAGAAUCUAAAAAGAUACAGGAAUAUCAUGCCAAGAAAGAGGAAGAAUCUAAAAUGAGGCAUGAAUUCGAUGAAUAUAAUGAACAUCAUCCUCACAAUGAAUCAGAUGAAAUUGAAUUACUGGCCUACAAUAAUGGUUCCAUUCAGGAUCUGCACGGAGAUGAUGUUAUUGAAGAACAACGAGAAAAAAUUUAA